AUGCGGUCCGCCUAUGCAGCAAAUCUACUUUUACUCAUUUUCUCAUUUUGGUUCAUGCUAGGCGUUUGCGGGGUUCACGCCUGGAACUUCCGCAUGGAUCCAGAGGUAGACCCCGAGCGCGUCUGCUUUUUGGCGUCCGUGAAAGGUGGACGGGAGGUCCAGGGUUUCUUCGAGGUCCUGCUUUCGCCGGACUCGGACGCCCCUGCAGCCGUGGGGUUUACCAUCACAGGGCCAGUGGUAGACUCGAAGCAACCAGAGAAAGCUAGAGGUCCCGAGCUCGUCCGUCUGGUGGAGGUUUCGGCACCUUUCGUGUUCGCUGCACCGAGCGACGGCGAGUAUGAGCUCUGCUUCCACUACGGGGAAGAGAAGAAAGCACGAGAUAUUGCGUUUUUCUACGACCUUGGUGACGCAGAGGAUGAGGUGUCGGAACUUCUGCGUGACGCAGUGAAACAAGAUAAGCAUCUGGAGCCCCUGCAGCAUAGGGCAGUUUCGAUCAUGCACGAGCUGCGUAACGUACGGAUAGCGCAGAUGCGAAUGCGAGAACGCAUUCGCCAAAAUCUUCGUAUGCUGCAAGAGCGUAAGCGAUCCGUCAUGUGGAUGACGUUGUUGGAGCUUUUGACUGUGGUUGCAGCGUGCACCUUGGAGGUAGUUUUCGUGAAGCAGAAGCUCGAUACUCGGCGCAUAUUUUGA